GGAAGUUGGGUGUGUUUGUAUAAGUGUGUGUGUAUAAGUGUAGACACAACACCUGGACAUUUUACACCGCCUUUGAGUCUGCUGUGCAGAGCUGUCUGAUCAGCUGUUGCAGCCUUCGUGAGUAACGUUGCCGGUUGUAAAUUUGAGGAGCUCUACUCUUUUGGCUAAUCCAGAUUAACGCCUGUUUGUCAGAUCGACAUGGACAACCGAAAACGACCGUUUGAGGCAGUUUCAACCUCUGAUGAUAAAUAUAAGACGCCAGAGAAGAGAGUAUCAGUGGUCCGCCCGCUGCAGGACUCGGACUACAUGCAAUGGGGUGUGGAGGAAACGUGUCAGUACCUACGAAGAGAAGACCUUGGAGAAUGGGAAGAUAAAUUUAGAGCACAAAAAAUCAGAGGUGUCACGCUGCAGUAUCUCAAGGAUGCUGAUCUGGAAAAGAUGGGCAUAGCACACCUUGGUGACCGUCUGCACAUCCUACACAGCCUGAGGAAGCUGUGGCAGAUAGAGGGAGGGUUAAAUAAGGUGUUUAAUGAUCCCAUCCACGGACAUGUGGACCUACACCCACUUCUCAUCAAAAUCAUGGACACACCUCAGUUCCAGAGACUACGAAACCUCAAGCAGCUUGGAGGGACCUACUUUGUUUUUCCUGGAGCAUCUCACAACCGCUUUGAACAUUCGAUUGGAGUUGGUUACUUGGCAGGACGACUUGCACAAGCUCUGCAAACUAGACAACCAGAACUCAACAUCUCCUGCAGGGACAUCCUUUGUGUGCAGAUUGCUGGGCUCUGCCACGACCUGGGACAUGGGCCAUUCUCCCAUAUGUUUGAUGGGCUGUUCAUCCCCAAAGCACGUCCAGGAAUUACCUGGAAGCACGAGACUGCCUCUCUGGCCAUGUUUGACCACAUGGUGGAGGUCAAUGACCUGAAGUCUGUGAUGGAGCAGCACGGCCUGGUGCUGCCCGAAGACCUGAUCUUCAUCAAGGAACUCAUUGCUGGACCAUUGGACACUAAUGCAGCCAAAGGCAAGAAGUGGCAGUAUAAAGGCCGUCCAAAAGACAAAUCCUUCCUUUAUGAAAUCGUGGCCAACAAAAGAAAUGGAAUUGAUGUGGACAAGUGGGACUACUUUGCCAGGGACUGCCACCACCUGGGCAUCCAGAACAACUUUGACUAUCGCCGCUUUCUAAAGUUUGCCAGGGUGUGUGAGGUGGACGGAGAGAAACAAAUCUGCACUAGAGACAAGGAGGUGGGCAAUGUGUGUGACAUGUUCCACACCAGAAACCGUCUCCACAGAAAAGCCUACCAGCACACAGUGACCAAGAUCAUUGAGUACAUGAUCACAGAGGCCUUUUUAAAAGCAGACAAGCACAUCCAGAUUGAAGGCUCUGGAGGGAAGAAGUUCACUCUCUCCGAAGCCAUAGAUGAUAUGGAGGCCUACACCAAGCUGACAGAUGCUGUGUUUGAACAAAUACUGAACUCUUCCUCCGAGGAGCUGGCUGAGGCGAGGCAGAUUCUACACAAUGUUGUCCAUCGAUGCAUCUAUAAGUGUGUGGGCGAAAGUCAGGCUGAGAAACCAGAAAGUGUCACGCAGGAGAUGAUUCUCUCCUGGGAAAGAAAUUUUGGCGACCAAGAUGUCAGUCUAAAGCCAGAGGACUUUGUAGUUAGAGUCAUUCAUAUAGACUUUGGGAUGAGGGAAAAGAACCCCAUCGAUAACGUGCGUUUCUAUUCCAAGGACGACCCAACCAAAGCCACCAAGAUUCCAGAGGAGAAAGUGUCUCCACUUCUUCCAAGGCAGUUUGCUGAGCAACUGACCAGGCUCUACUGCAAGAAGACAGAUGCUGAAAGUCUGAAGGCAGCCAAGAAGUUUGGCAUGUGGUGGGAGAAUGAGAACUUCUUCUAGCCUCAGGUUGGAGACAGAAAAGCACCUGAGUCGGACAACAACGAAGGAGAGGAUGGUGAAGGUGGCAGCUCGACACACGUAAACUAUGCUCAUGUAAAUGGAGAAAAGAAAGCGAGAACUCAGCUUUUCAAGUAAGAGGAAGAGAGAAGAUGGCCCCUCUAGUACACAUUUGGUAGACGAGACAGUGCUGAGUUCAGGUUAUAUUUUUCUACAAGGUAAAUGUGUUAAUGAGCACAACAGUUAUUCAGUGUGAUCUUGAUGUGUGAUGUGUGAUGUGAUCUUACAUUGAAUGUAUUUAUUUAUUUUAGAGGUGUUUUCUGGUUGACUUUGUUACUAUAUAUUCUAUUUAUUGUUCUUACAGUAAAUAUCUCAGCUUGACAACAUUUUUUCCACAACUCACAGCUCUGUGCAACAUUUUCAUGACUGUUUUUACUUCCAUUUAAAAUGUUUUGCACAAUUUUUCCUCCUUACCAGGAUGUGAUGCAGCCUCAUCAAACUUGCUUCACAGGUGGUGGUUUUGUUUUAUUUGAAUGUGUUAAAAAAUAUGUUUGGAAGAAUGUAAAGGGGAAACCUACCAAAGGUACUGCUGGAAGGGGUUUCAGGACAGUUUGAAAAUAAAACUCUCUUUCUCUCA